GGACCAGCGCAAAAGUUUCCUCCCAACUCCGGCCCCGCGCGCCGCCGCCCACUCCCGCCCCGGGCCUGGGGCCGACCCGCCGCCGCCAGGGCCAGGGCCAGGCCGGGCCGGGCCGGGCCGGGCCGGCAGUUUCGUUUUGGCGCGCGCGGAGCAGCCGCCGCGGCCGGGGCCCAGCAGGAGCCUGAGCGGCCGCGGGAGCCGGAACGGGAGGAGGAGCCCGGCCGCGUCCCGGCCCCGCCACCUGGGAGGUAGCCCUUCCCGCUGCCUCCCCUGCCCCGAUCCCGGCCCCCAGGAGCCCGCCUGCCCGGGGCCAAGGGGCGCUGCUGCGAGCCCCAGGCCCGGAGGGGGCGCCGGGGAGAGACACCCCGGGCCCGCCCGCGCCGCGCGUCCCGGGAGACGGGGCUGCCCCCGCCGGGCCAGACACCUGUUCCCAGGCCCGGCGUGAUCGCCGGGGGCCAGGAUGAAAGUGACCGUGUGCUUCGGCAGGACCGGCAUCGUGGUGCCCUGCAAGGAGGGCCAGCUGCGCGUCCGCGAGCUCACGCAGCAGGCGCUGCAGAGGUACCUGAAGACCCGGGAGAAGGAUCCUGGCUACUGGGUGAAGAUUCAUCACUUAGAAUACACAGACGGAGGAAUCCUGGAUCCAGACGAUAUCUUGGCCGAUGUCGUGGAAGACAAAGAUAAGCUGAUUGCCGUGUUUGACGAACAAGAACCACUCCACAAGAUCGAGAGCCCAGGAGGAAACCCAGCAGGUCGCCAGAGCCCAGAUGCCUUCGAGACUGAAGUGGCUGCCCAACUGGCUGCCUUUAAGCCAGUUGGUGGGGAAAUUGAAGUAACCCCUUCUGCUCUGAAACUAGGCACUCCACUGCUGGUGAGGAGAAGCAGUGACCCAGCGCCAGGCCCACCUGCUGAUGCCCAGCCAACUGCUUCACACCCCAGUGGCCAGAGUCUGAAACCUGCUAUUCCAGAUUCCACACAAAACUUAGAAGAUGGAGAAGUUAUGAAUGGUGUGCAGACAGAACUACUGACAUCACCGAAAAUUAAGGAUGCACUGAGUGAUAUGACCAGAACAGUGGAGAUUUCUGCCGAAGGAGGCCCCCUGGGAAUACAUGUAGUGCCCUUCUUUUCUUCUCUGAGUGGAAGGAUUCUCGGACUCUUCAUCCGCGGCAUUGAAGAAAACAGCAGGUCCAAGCGGGAAGGACUGUUUCAGGAAAAUGAGUGCAUUGUAAAGAUCAACCACGUGGACCUCGCAGACAAAACCUUUGUUCAGGCUCAAGACGUCUUCCGCCAGGCAAUGAAAGCUCCCUGUGUCCUCCUCCACGUGCUCCCCCCUCAAAACCGUGAGCAGUACGAAAAAUCAGUCAUUGGACCUCUGAACAUUUUUGGUAACAGCGAUGGUGUUUCAAAAACAAAGCCACCACCACCUGUCCACCCAAGAUCGGGAAUAAAGACCGUGAGUCUCACAGGAACAAGCAGCCCCGAAGAAGAUGGGUCACCUUCCCUGCAGCAAAGCAAGAGCCCCCGAGUACCAAGAAUAGGGAGAAAGCCAUCCUCUCCCUCACUCUCCCCUCUCAUGGGGUUUGGCAGCAAGAAAAAUGCAAAGAAAAUUAAGAUUGACCUUAAGAAAGGCCCGGAAGGACUUGGUUUCACUGUGGUCACCAGAGACUCUUCCAUACAUGGUCCUGGUCCCAUUUUUGUGAAAAACAUUUUACCAAAGGGAGCAGCAAUAAAAGACGGCCGUCUGCAAUCCGGGGACAGAAUUUUGGAGGUGAAUGGCAGAGAUGUCACUGGCCGAACUCAGGAAGAGCUGGUGGCCAUGCUGAGGAGCACCAAGCAGGGAGAGACAGCGUCUCUGGUCAUCGCCCGCCAAGAAGGAGCCUUCCUGCCCCGAGAGCUGAAAGGAGAACCUGACUGCCGGGCCCUCUCUCCGGAAACCACGGACCAGCUCACCUUUGAGAUCCCCCUGAAUGACUCCGGCUCUGCUGGUCUGGGGGUGAGCUUGAAAGGGAACAAAUCCAGAGAAACUGGAACCGACAUGGGGAUUUUUAUCAAAUCCGUCAUCCAUGGAGGUGCUGCCUUUAAGGACGGUCGUCUGCGGAUGAAUGACCAGCUGAUUGCAGUUAAUGGGGAAUCUCUCUUGGGAAAGUCCAACCAUGAAGCUAUGGAAACACUUAGACGAUCAAUGUCCAUGGAAGGAAACAUACGAGGGAUGAUCCAGUUGGUGAUUCUGAGGAGGCCAGAGAGGCCGAUGGAGGAGCCCGGAGAGUGCGGGGCGUUUUCGAAGCCGUGCUCUGAGAACUGUCACAGCGCCGUGGCCACCUGCAGGAGGAGCGAGGAUGGCACGUGGCAUCCGCUGAGCACGUACUGUCCACACCACAAGCAGAGAGAGCCAUUGCUUCCCAGUGAUGGAUGGGCCGAGAGCGAAGUACCUCCUUCUCCAUCACCACUUCCCGUUCUGGAAUUGGGCCUUGAAGAUUACAGCCACAGUUCUGGGAUGGAUCCGGCUGUGUAUUUUCCAGAUCAGCACAGCAACUUCAGAUCUGUGACACCAGCCAGGCAGCCCGAAUCCAUGAGCCUGAAAGCCUCAAAGAGCAUGGACCUUGUGCCAGAUGAAAGCAAAGUCCAUUCAUUGGCUGGACACAAAUUGGAAUCUCCCAGCAAGGACUUCGGCCCCACUCUGGGCCUGAAGAAGUCCAGCUCCCUGGAGAGCCUGCAGACGGCGGUGGCCGAGGUGCGCAAGACCGAGCUCCCGUUCCACCGGCCCCGGCCUCACAUGGUCCGCGGCCGCGGCUGCAACGAGAGCUUCCGCGCGGCCAUCGACAAGUCCUACGACGGCCCCGAGGACCUGGACGACGGGUUGUCUGAUAGGAGCUCCCACUCCGGCCACGGAGCCCUGAACUGUGACUCGGCCCCUCCGGGGAACUCUGAGCCGGAGGACCUGGAGAAUAAAGCCAGGAAAGCCAAAAAGACGAAAGAGAAGGAGAAGAAGAAGGAGAAGGGCAAAGCGAAAGGCAAGGAGAAGAAGCAGAAGGAGGAGAGUGAAGAUCCAGAAAGGAAGAUAAAGAGGAAGGGGCUUGGUGCCAUGCUGAGAUUUGGAAAGAAGAAAGACGAGAAGGGUGGGAAGGCUGAGCAGAAAGGUCCUGUGAAGCAUGGGGGCCUGCGAGAAGAAGAGCUGGAGAAGAUGAAAGAGGAACGGGAAAGGAUUGGAGCAAAACAUCAGGAGCUAAGGGAAAAACAGGCAAGAGGUCUUGUUGAUUAUGCUACUGGUACAAUUGGAUCACUGCAUGAUAUGGACGAUGAUGAAAUGGAUCCCAAUUAUGCCAGGGUGAACCACUUCCGGGAACCAUGUGCAUCAGCAAAUGUCUAUAGGUCUCCGUCUCCCCCUCGGGCUGGACCACUGGUUUAUCCUCGCGAUGGCCGUCCACUCUCUCCAGAGAGAGACCAUUUAGAGGGUCUCUAUGCCAAGGUCAACAAGCCAUACCAUCCACCGGUGCCAGUUGACAGUGGCUAUCCCAUGAGUGGAGGUGCUGAUCGCAUCCAGAAGUUGCGGAAGGAGUAUUAUCAGGCUCGGAGGGAAGGUUUCACAUUAUAUGAGGACGACGAAGGAAGAGCAAGGCCAUCUGACUAUGACCUUCACUGGGUGUCUGGAAAGGGUCCAGAUGGGAAUGCGCACAACCUCCGCUUCGAGGGGAUGGAGAGGCAGUACGCAUCCUUACCCAGGGGAGGACCCGCCGAUCCCGCAGACUAUCUGACAGCAGCACCCCGAGGGCUCUACAAGGAGAGGGAGCUCCCAUACUACCCAGGGCCUCACCCCAUGCAUCCGCCCAAAGGGAGCUACCCCCGCCCCCCGGACCUGAGGGUCGCAGAUCUCCGGUAUCCCCAGUACUACCCACCCCCACCAGCGCCCCAGCACAAAGGACCCUUCCGCCAAGAUGUCCCGCCCUCACCCCCUCAGCACCACAGAGUGCCAGCCUAUCAGGAAAUGGGCAGGCCAGGCCCCCGAGGGGGCAGCCCAGACCAGUACCCCUACCGGACCCAGGACCCCCGGCAGAAGAACCCCAUGACUGCAGCCGUGUAGCCCAACACCACCAAGCCCAGCGCAGCCCAGAGAGGAAGACAGCUAACAUCGCCCUUCCUCAAGGCCUUCCUGUUAAGACUUGUCCUGCGUACAGAUUAGGUUUUUUGAUUGAGAAUGUAACACCUGACUGCUAAUUAGAGGGAAAAAGAAGAAACAGGAGUUUUUGGAGGGGAAAUGUCGGGAGAAAGAGGAAGGAUGGGCCAUAAAAACAAUACUGCCUGAUAUUUGAAGUACGUUUAGAACGGUUAACGUCCAUGAGUGGCAUUUGAACAAGCAAAUCACAAAGAAGAUACCCUCAGCGUUAGCAGCGUGAAACGGCCACUGCCCUGGAUCGUCUCCAUUCAGAAGCUAAGCUCCAACCACUGUAUUAAGUCGGAGUAGUGGCUGCAAACAUGGGCGUCUUAAGUGAGUAGUUUUUCAAUGAGAAAGGAAACAGCAAGCUUGACUUGUGAUCUCCUUGGAACGUUUUCUACCCAGAGGAAGACUGCAUCUCUUUACUUGUAGAAUUUCUCAGGUUCCUCAUACCAUUCAUGUGGUAUAAGUGUUUCAUGUUUCCUCACUUUUGUAUAAAAAUAAGAUGCGAAUGCAGUAUUAGUGUCCUGGGAGAAUGUGCAAAGCUAGUCAGAACUUCCAGAAGGAAUCUAUUCCAAGGACCACAGUGACCAGGUUGAAAUUCCCGUGAUCCUCACCUUUCUUCCUCCCAUGUCCCAAGCACAAUGGCAUGGGGACACGUGGUUUCAGAGUCACCCGCAGGUCUGCUGCCUGUAAUUAUUAGAACUGGGGCCUCUGUUUUAAGCCUCCCAUUGGAGGACUAGAAUGUACUUGAGAAAAAGAGGGCCCAUGGACUAGGCCACAGGGGAAGCAAUGCCCUGGAGGUGCCAAUUCUAGACCCAGUGCCAAACAAUACCAUCUGGACCCCGGGGACAGGGUAGGCUGACUGUGGCCUUCGGAGAUUGAGAACCAGCAGGUAGUGGAUGGUGGUGGCUGACUCAUGUGUGUGUGUGUGCGUGUGUGAUUAGCAGUAUGGAGAAUAAAAGAUAAAAAUGCUUUCUGGAAAAUUUGAUGGGUAAGGGAAUAAUAAAGGGGGAAAAAAAGAAAACAGAAGGGAUGGGAAGGGAAAAGACACAUAAAACGAGGUCAUUCUGUAUCUGCUGUAUUUCAUUCACAAAAGUCAGGACAAGACCAAGGCCAGGAUGGCCAAUUGGGAAAUGAAGGUCUAUGUUUUUGAAAAGCUGAACCCCACCUCCAAGACCCAUCCGAAUUGCUUUUGAGCUUUGCAGCUAUUUUUCCAUUUUUUUUCAAUAGAACAUCUAAAACUUACAACUUGACCCAAAUGAGAAUGCAAACAAAAGACUGAGCAACAGUCAAACCUGGAGCGGCAGACAUACUUUAGGCAUUUUCACAUUCCUUCUUUAUUCCCUCCCCAAAAUAAAAAUGUCUUGAGUUCAAUUUAGAAGUAUUUCAGUUGAUAUAUUAGAAUAUCUCUGACUGAUAGGAUUUAAUAAAUUAUAGUAUUAUUGAAUAUAUAGAGUAUCCAUCUAGCCCAAUUUAGUCUUAUUUUUUUAAUUUAAAAUAGAGUUAUGUUACCAAGAAUGAUGUGACUGCUGGUUUUAGAUUUAAAUGGUGUUACUUACUGGACUUUAAGAGGUAUCGUUUUCUAAACUACAAUUACUUCUGGCCCUCUUGAGAAUAGACCUCCAAGAUAUUUUUUUCCCUCUCUCAUCUCUCUUAAGCCUUUAGAUCCUUUGCAAUUUGUGCAAAGAGGUUGAGGAUCUCCAGCCCUGCUUACCUGGAGUGCAGGUGAGCUAUAGGGCUUCCCUGCCCACAUGCUGAAUGCUGCCUUCCCCUCAAUCUAAAUAAACCUCCAAGAAGAAAGUGAUAAGGUGAUGAUAAUGCAACUUGAUUUGAAGCAUUGAAAAUCAGCUCUUCAGUAUGUCCCAUAGUUUAACCAAAUGUCUGUGGACUACUGCAGAUAGACCAGCCAGAAGGCGGCUUCUGGACUAAGGCCAAGACUGACAAGAGGUCGCCCAAGGGAAGCAGCAUGAAGAGAAAUUCUCUGUGCAUUGGAGGAGUGGUCCUUGUAGGAAGAAAGCCCAUAUUUUCACCCCGUUGCCGCCUUGUGAGCACAAUACCCCCUGCAGGCAGGCUCAGGGUAAGUUGCUCCAAGCAUGGUUUUGUGUUGUAUACACAGUAAAACAGCUGCUAAUCCUGAGAGGCAGCCAAUGAUGUGAAGGUACUAUUAAGGUGAACCACAAAAUGAUUAUAGCAGUUUUCUCUUCUUGCCUGAAGCAUAAAACAUGCCCCGUUGACCCUGCCCGAAAGAACCCAACAUUAUGUGUACGACAGAGGUCCCGUCAAGCCAAGCAACAAUUAAGAGCAGCUUGAAUGUAAGGUUUAUAAAUGUCUUUGUACCAACCCUCACCACCCGAGGUUACAGAACUCUCCAGUAUUUAAGGGAACAGGUUGUUUAGAGUGUUUAGAAGACCAGGCUAUAAUCAGUAGGUACCCAGUAGCAGAAAAUAGUUCCCAGUUUAGGGCCUUGGAGAAACUCAACCACGUGUCUCUUUGUAUCUCAGAACGCUAAUACCAUCAAACACACACACACACACACACACACACACACACACACACACAACACACAACACACACACACACACACACACACACACAGCGCUCCCAGGAAUGAUGGCACAGGGACCUGCAAAUCCAUCGACAUACACCCACCUGACUUGUGAUCUGACUGCUGGGUCAUUUAUGCCUUGAAAAUGAUGCUUUUGGCUUCAAGUCACUAGAUAUUUGAAAGGGCUCUGUUUUUGUCCCUUUUUACAGGAGUAGAGAGAUGAAAGGGAGAAAACCACUGAAAAAUUUUAG